CAGCAGAGCAGAAUGGGGGGCUGGCACAAUCUCUCCUCUUAGUGACAGCCUCCCACAAACACAGGGUCGCCCGGAGCCCACCCUGCUUACCGGCAGGCGGAACUCGCAGUUAUCCUGGGCCAGUAGCAGAAGGUACUUUCUCAUGGCAGCACCGCUCCUGCAGGACAGCGCCAUCUUGCCCAGUGACGUCAGCAGGGGGGCGGGGCAGGAAGUGUAGUGGUAGUGCGGCUCGCUGUGUGUUGGGUGGAGCUGGCGGACAGACAAAGCUGGAGAGCGGAGCCAGAGUCCCAGCAGGCGGGGAGCCGGGCAGAGACACGGCCAUGGCUGCCGACACUGAGCACCAGGACUCGGCCUUUGACAGCAAGUGCGUCUUCUGCAGGAUCGCCAGCAGCGAGGAGAGCGGGGCCGAGAUGCUCCAUGUCGAUGUGAGUCCCCCACCAGUCAUGGCACGGGGAGGGUGGCUGUGAUGGCACGGGGAGGGUGGCUGUGAUGGCAUGGGGGGGGUGGGAAGAGGGGGAGCAAUGCAGUGACGGUCCAACACUAACAGCACUGAUAGCACUGGAUGAAACGAAUAUGGUUUAAUAAUGCUCCUUAAAUUGGGGCUGUCACUGUCACCAGGAUUUGUAAUAUUUACUUAAAGGGACACUAUAGUCACCAAAACUACAACAACUUAAUGCCUGGUGUCUAUAGUAUGUCCAUGCAGGAUUUUUAAUGUAAACACUGCCUUUUCAGAGAAACUUCCUUCUGCUUUUAGCCCAGAAUAACUUGUAAUCCUUCUACAGACAAUCCCUACAUUCAGCGUCUCCUUGCUCUGCAUGGAAGCACUGAACACGCAGUGUGUGGCGCAGUGUGUGUGGUGUUUAGCUGUGCAUGCGCAAUAGCCUCCUAAUGCUUUCAGAUGAAAAAGCAUUGAAUUGGGUGAGAUCGUCGAGAUUGAUGAUCUCAGCCAUAAUGGCGGGGCCAUCUGUGGCAAGGCAUGGGAAAAAGGUAAGUAAACUCACCUUUAACAUGUGAUCUUAAAGGGACUGGUCACCUAAAUAGUCAAAUACUGUAGUGUCCGGAAUAUAUGUUUGUAUUCCUGAUACUAUAAUGUUCCUUUUUAUAGGGAUACUCAAGACCCCUAAAGCACUUUAGCUUCCUGAAAUGCUUUAUAUGGGAAGAGUGUGUCCUCUUCAUUUUACAAAAUGUAAAUAUUUCAAUACAAAUUGACAUUUUUACAACUUAACCUUGGUAGACUCUCCUAGCUGUCAAUCAGACAAGGGAUCCUGUUACUUCCUGGUUUGGUUAACUCAGCUGCGCUAAGCUAAAGAGGCAGCAACACCUGUGUUGCAAAGACUUCUCAUUGAGUUGCAUUGGGAAGUCUGUGAUUGGGCAGCCACAGAAAGUCUUGUCUAAGUUAGAAGGGGAGGGCUUGCAAAGGCACCAGAGAAGAGUACUGCAGGUUUUGUAAGCUGUCUUUAGAUAUCCUGCAAUAAAAAAUGAAUAAUUAAAGCAUGUAUGUUUUCAUUUGGGCAAGUCAAUUCAUAUAUAUGAGAAUAUGCUGGUUGGCAAAGCUCAGUGAUUGCCACGCAUGUGUGUUAUAUUUACCGCCACCACCACAUAGAAGCAUUGGAUUAGCUGAGAUCAUCACUAAUGAUCAUCACUAAUGAUGGUCUUAGUCAAGGAAGUACUGAGCACACUGACACAGGCUCGCCAAGUGUAGAAGGUGAGUAAAAUGUAUUUAUUAUUUCUGGGGGGGUAACCCUGAAUUUAAGAAAUACAUGUUUGUAAGACUAACAGAGUGUUGGUUUAAUCAUUAUUAGAACCGCUUCCCUUUUCACACUAUUGAACUUGAGACAAAAACAAUGGAGGAGAUUUAUCAAAAAGUUUAGUUCUAAAAAAUAAAUAAAUGGUCAAAUGUACUAAACUUACUAAUUGAGCCGUCUGACACAUUUCAUUGGUAAUAUCUCCCAGUUUACAUAUUGCGCCACAACAGAAUCACUCUGAUCAAUCUUCUCCAAUGUUUCUGUUUUCUACCUAUUUUUGCAAUGUUUGCACUAAAUCACUUGUCUAAUCUUUGAAGAAGUACUGAAAAAAUAUGAUUUGUUUACAUUUUCUUUUAGAAUACUGGGCCCCUUUAACCCCUUAAGGAUGCGUGAUGGAAGCAUUAUAGGCAUCCAAAGUGGUCUGGGUGCCUAUAGUGCCCCUUUUAAAGGUUUCUCCAAAUGAACUUCAGUGAUUUGAAGUGGUCAUGGAGUCUGUAUGUGACGAACUGGGUCAGUCAUGCGCUAAAAUUAACCCCAGAUUGUCACAAUUGCGGGGUUAAUGCUCCUCUGGUCUUCCUCGGUAUUCACGCUGUCCCUGUAGCUGUGAUCGCUCUGACAGGUUGUCAGAGCGAGCACAUGUGCUGCGGGGACUUCUGAUCCGCCUCCCUGCUCUUCCACGUUCAGUGCUGAAGUGCUCUAGGGGUUGAGAGUGUCUCUUUAAAUAUCUAGGAAACAAGCAUUUGCACUUAAGAUAGUAUAGAUUAUUGUUCGCAUAAGGCAAUAGCAGAUGGAUAAGGCUUUGAAAUGCACACAUCUGACACUAACAUAUUUAAAGCUCUCAUUAAACAAUGAGUCAGUGAUGGUAACGAGCUUGAUAAUGCACUGAAUCAUUAUUUUAUGCUAUGCUUUGUUUUGACUUGCUAUUAUUAAACCUUUUAAAGAAAACCACAUCUACUCUACAGCCUCACUUUCUUAAAGCAUAAGCUCUUGAUAAGAGCAGAAGCAGAUAUUGGCAUAUUAAUAUUUUAAGGUAUACUAUAAGUGCCAGGAAUACAAAGCUGUAUUCCCGGCACUAUAGCUCCCUUUUGCCUCCCUCCACAGCGGUCAAUAAAGGGUUAAAAAGCAUUUAUUUACUUAUCUCACUGGUCUGCCUCUUCCUCCAUCCCACGUUUAACAUUGCAGCAUCAAGGGCAAUAAGGAUACUGCACCCAUAUCACUUCAAUGAGCUAAAGUGGUCUGGGUGCCUAUAGUGCCCCUUUAAGGGUUUCUCCAAAUGAGUCAUUUGAAGUGGUCUGUAUGUGCAACUUUUCUCUGUCAAAUGCUGAACAUUUGUGUAAGAUCAACCCGUCAGCUGCCGGAGGUGUCACUACGCCUCCAGCAGCAUCACUAAGUCAUAAUCAUCCACCUAAAGUUCCAGGUUGACUGUCAUUCUUGGAAGAAAGAGAGAGGGGCUAUGGGGUGGGAAAACCACCACCACUACCCCACAAAAAGGUUACAGAGGCCUCCAGCAGCAUCACUAAGUCAUAAUCAUCCACCUAAAGUUCCAGGUUGACUGUCAUUCUUAUCCAUAUUUCUAUGCACAGAUUUGCAAUCAUUUCCUGAGAGCGGUUAGCUGAAGCUCUCAGCCAAUGAUCAGCAGGAUCGACAACCAGAAUCCAAAUACACAUCACAACCAGCCAUAUAGGAAUUCUAGCACCCGACAGGACCAGGUAGAAUGGCAAACCAUUGCAAUGAUUUACGAAUAUAUGGGAUAUGGUGCUAGGAGUACCUUGGCGCCAUAACUACUUCAGUGGGCUGUAAUGGCACCAGUUGUUAUAAUGCUUCUUUCAUGUUUAACAAAAAAUACCUUACCUCACGGUUAUCUUGAUGCAUUCUGCUAAGACACUCUAAUUGCAGGCAUCACCCCAUGCAUCUCAUUGGGAAGCACAAAAAGAUUUAUGGAGGCCAAUAGGGAAAAGCACAAGAGCACAAAAUGGGCAUCCUCCAUAGACCCUUGGAGGACCAGUGAAGGAAUCCCAUUCCAUACUGACGUGCAUGGACAAGAGUACAUGUAGCAAACCUUGAUUUAAUGGAACACUCCAGACCCCUAAAGCACUUCAGCUUGUUAAAGUGAUUUAGAGGUUAACAGAAUGUCCUCUUCCUAAUACUUUAUAAUACUGCCGAUUUAAUUUGGAAUUUAGAGAAAUGGAUUCAAUGCUUUUUCAAGUGAAAAGCUGAGGUGCUGGGAGGAUUAUAAUUAUAUACACACACUCUGCAUUAUAUACACACUCUGUGUGUAUAUAAUGCUGAGUGUGGGGGGAGGGCAUUUUUAUAUAUUUUUUUUUUUAUUUUAAUAUUCUCUUUUUUAAUUUAAAUAUUUUUAUUUUAUUUAUUUUUUUUUUAUUUUUUUUUAGUUCUCCCCUGCUUGUUAACUCGUCAGGGAGGGGGGCUAUCUUAAUCCCUGGUGGUUUAGUGGGGGUAGGAGCCCCCGUGUAAAUCUCGCGGUCUGCGUGCCGCGCGGAGCAUUGUCACGAUAACCCGUGGCAACGCUCUGACGGCUGAGGCUCUCGCGAGAUUUACAGGGGAGCUGACCGGAACGGAGGAGAAGGGAGCUGAUAGGAGCUUCAAGAAAGGUAAGUAAACGCUCCCUGCCAGCCCCCAACAGGACCGCCGGGCUUGUAAUGAGCCCGGCGGUUCUGGUCUGUAUUAUGGUAAUGUAGUUGCCAUAAUACAGACAUUGACUCGAGUAUAAGUCGAGUGGGGGUUUUUCAGCACAAAAAAUGUGCUGAAAAACUCGACUUAUACUCGAGUAUAUACGGUAAGUUUAUCCUUUAACAUGGGUGUUUUUUGUUUGUGUUUUUUUUUUUUUUGAGAAAAGAUGCACUUGAGCCUAACCAAACACUGUAGAAUAAUAAAUAAAUGUAUUUAUAACACUGGAGUGUUCCUUUAAAGGCACCAUAAGAAUUUGUUUCCAGGGGUCUGAUUAGCUGAUGGAAUUAAACUGUUAAUUAAUGGUUUAACCCAAAAGUCUUCAGGCCAGCACUUCACCACUCUGCUCUACACCUCUGCCCAAUAUCUAAGGUUUCAGUCAGAAAGCCUUAAAACAGAUUGUGCUGAUAACCUGAGAUUAGUUUCUCCUCAUUGAGAAUAUUUAGUGAAAAAGAUAUUCAUGUUUUUCACUCUCUUUUCUCAAUUAAGAGCUACUGAAAGGACAAGCAAGUCAUCUCAUGGUUACAGCAUAUCAGCAGCAUUCUCCUCGGAAAGGGAGCAGUGCAGGGACAGAGCAAUUGGGAGCCAGUUUGAAGACUUUAGGGUUAAACCAGUGAUUCCCAAACCUGUCCUCAAGAUACUUAGUUUUCUAAAGACACUUUGUACACAACUGGGUAAUCCCUAUAUCCUGGACUGCUAGGGGUGCCUUGAGGACUGUUUUAGGAGCCACUGGGUUAAACCAUUUGUUAACGAUUUAACACCUUCAGGUAAGUUAGCGCUCAGGGUCUCCUCACACUAUAACAACUUAAUUGCAAAGUUGUUGUGGUGCUUGGAGUGUCAAUUUUAAGCUCCUUAACCCCCUUAGAGAUCGCUGACGUAUCUGUACGUCCGACAAAAAAAACGGUCCUUAAGGACUGCGGACGUACCUGAUACUUCCUGGGGUAAAUAGAGCUCUAAUGGUAUUACAGGAAUGCCUCAAUGUUGAGGCAUCGCUGUAAUACCCCCCCUCACUGCCGGGGCCACCGGGUGAUCGCUCCCCCUGGAGCAUUGGGGCGAGGCACUCAUAAUUUUUUUUUUUUUUUUUAUUAUUAUUAUUAUUAUCCCUCUACUCUCCCUCCCCAUGCACUUGACGAUCGCUGCUGUUCCCCCGCCGGCGAUCGGUCUUCUUCUCUUUUGGGGAAUCUCUGAACUGAGCACAGAUAGUCCCUCCCCCAAGGGCCAUGUGACCACUCAGUUCUGCCUGUACUGACAGGCAGUCCCCUUGCUGGUGGAAAAACUUAAAAUAAAGUUGAAAAACAUUAAAAAUAAAUAGUGUGUGUGUGUGUAUAUGUAUAUGUGUGUGUGUGUGUGUGUGUGUGUGUAUAUAUAUAUAUAUAUAUAUAUAUAUAUAUAUAUAUAUAUAUAUAUAUAUAUAUAUAUAUAUUUCUAAUAUAUUAUACAUAUAUAGGAUUUUAUGUACGUGUGUGCAUAUGUAUGUGUGUAUUUAUAAAAAAAAGUGUGUGUGUGUGUGUGUGUGUAUAUAUAUAUAUAUAUAUAUAUAUAUAUAUAUAUAUAUAUAUAUAUAUAUAUAUAUAUACAUACAGCGCUAGAGGCGCUUGCAUGCUUCUCACUGUGAAAAUCACUGGCGCGCAGCUCCUGCCGCGAAUGCGCAUUCAGCCGAAGGAGGAGAGCCCCCCCGUCCGGCGCUGAAAAAAGAGGUAAGUUUAACCCCUUCCUCUCCAUCCAGCCUGGCGGGAGGGGGAUCCUGAGGGUGGGGGCACCCUCAGGGCACUAUAGUGCCAGGAAAACGAGUAUGUUUUCCUGGCACUAUAGUGGUCCUUUAAUUUUGAAAAAAAAAAUGGUUUGGAAAUGGCUUCUUGUAUUUAUAGCCCUAUAACUUUCCAAAAAAAUGCUAAGAACAUGUUAACAUUUGGUAUUUCUAAACUCAGGACAAAAUUUAGAAACUAUUUAGCAUUGGUGUUUUUUGGCGGUUGUAGAUGCGUAUCAGAUUUUGGGUGUCAAACUCCAAAAAUAUAUAUAUAUAUGUGUGUGUGUUUUUUCUUUUUUUUGUUUUGUUUUUUUAAUCAUAUUUUAUCAUUUUUUUUUAUUUUUUUUAUUUUUUUUUAAUAGUAAAUUUAGAAAGACCAACGGUAAGAAAAUUGAAAAACGGUCUGGUAACUAAGGGGUUAAGUACACUUGGAUCUGGACCAAGAAUACCAUUUGUUCCAUAAAGCAUGUGAAUGACAGCUACAUAUAGUUAUACAUAUAAUCUCUACAAUUUAAUGGUGAAUGUGACAUGCAUGUAUCUCUCUGUGGCCAUGACAAAGAUGGCCACUCGAAAUGUAUACUAGUAUUUGCUUAUGUAUUCCGUGUGGUGUGGAGGAACUUCGUACUAGUAUACCAAUGGGAUACAAAUGUAAAAAAGUACUUUCUCCCUUGUCAGCCAAUCAUCAUUUUUAGAUUAAGAGAUACUAUGAAAGCUCUCCAAUAUUCUGAUUUCUCAUUGUCUUUUUUUGUCCUGCUUGCACUGUAUGUCGCACCUCUCUCUCUUUUGUUUCUGUGUUUCUUCACUCCAUUUUUAUGAUUGAACUGUCUCUUUUCACUGUGACUCCGGUGCACUAGUGUGUUCCUUUUCAUGCCGUCUAGUUUUGUGCUUUGCUAUUUCUGUAUAGAUUUAGGGGACAUGAUUUUGGCCUUUAAUUCGAUAGUAGGAAAAAAAAAUGUUUGAUCAUGUAAUUGACUUUUAUGUUUUUUUUUUUUGUUUUUUUUUUCAUAGGAUGACUUGGUCUGCUUUAGAGACAUAAGGCCUGGAGCACCACAUCAUUAUCUGGUAGUGCCCAAAACGCAUGUGGGAAACUGCAAGACUCUUUCAAAAGAUCACGUACAAUUAUGUAAGACAAUGUCUAAUGUGUUGAAUUUACAUAAAAACAAAUUAUGUAUAAUGUAAUGGAGUUUAUUCAUUCUAUGUAUUUUAGAAAAUGAAAAGGGAUUUACAAAUGUGAGUGUAAAAUUAAAGUAUUUGAAAACAUCCUGAUUUAGAGAAUAACCCUCAGUCUAUUUAUCUAGCAUCUUAUUUAUACAUAUUGAGCAUGCUAUGAAAAGUUAAGAUCUGUCUGUUAAUGUUUCACAACAAGCAUGAGGUAUUCUGUAGAUCAGGGGUUCCCAAUUAAAAAAAAUAGUAAAUUGCGUCCAAGGUGUGUAUAUCUGUGCUUGUGUGUUUAUGUAUACACCUUGACACACAGUGUGUAUCUGUGUUUGUAUGUGCCAGUGUGAAUGAAUCUGAUACAGACACUGGCAGAUAGUGGCACACAGAUACACACAGUGUGUAUCUGUGUUUGUGUGUGUGUGUGUGUGUGUGUGUGUGUAUCUGACACACACGCACACAUCUUGACUCACGAAUACACACACACGCUGGUACACAUAAUGACAUAUACACACACAUGCACCUACAGAUUCACAAUGCCAUACACACACUCACGCACACACACUAAGAUACACACAGUGACACAUACACACAAACAUUUACACACAGAUACAUACUCUUUGACAGACUCCCAUACAAACAUAUAUACACUCUCACUGACAAGAACACAUACUCACUGACAAGACCACAUUCACUCCAGGAUUCUACAAUGCCAGGAAAAUGGGUUUGUUUUCCUGGCACUAGAGAAUCCCUUUAACCCCUUAAGGACCAAACUUCUGGAAUAAAAGGGAAUCUUGACAUGUCACACAUGUCAUGUGUCCUUAAGGGGUUAAACCACCUUAAACUUUGUUUUGUGUGUGUCUUUUUUUUUUUUUUCUUCAGCAUUUAAAAUUUGGAUUCCCAUCUAACAAGCAUUCUGGGAAUCUUAAGUACUUGCAUCAUUGCAAGGUGCAGGAUACAUGAAAUGAGAAAUUUGUAAAAGGGUGUGUUUGGUUUUUUUUUGACAGGUAGGGAAAAACUCCUUAAUGCGGCACUGUCAUGCCGAACUUGCCUUUCUUUAAUCGAUUCCUCUUUUCUCCCUCUGUAAGGAUCGGUUCUUCAUUUCUUCCUGUCUGCUCUAGUUAUCUUUAAAACAAAAAGACAAAGGGACUACUUUGUCUCAUGGAGGUUUCCUACGCUUGACCAGAGGAGGAGCAAAGUGUGCUUCAUUUUGGUGGUCAGAGCAAUUUUCCCACAAUUCUCCCCUUUCCUCUGUGUUCCCGCAAAGCCUCCUUUCACUUUUCCCGAACGUCCUGUCACUUAAACAGAACACCAGCGAAACUACCGAAUUUCGUCCCAACAGAAUGAGAACAGUGUCUUCAUUCGUGUUAGGACGCAAUUCGGGACUUUGUUUGGACCGGAAUUACAACGAAUGAAUGAAACUCUGAUCCUAUUCGUGCUUGCAUCUUGCAGCCGCUUAGUAGAUAGCUCCCCAAUACCAUGGUAAUUAGGGAGUUAUCUACCAAAAAGACCUAAAUUGGUCAGCUCACUGUUUAAAAAAAUUGUCCUCGCCCUUACUUAGCUUCACAAUAAGGGGGAAACACACCUAUUGUCCUCCCCCCUGGGCCCUACCCCUGAGCGGCUGGUGGGGACCCCUAAAUAACAAUAGGGGGACACACGUAUUGCCCCCACCCCUAAGCAGCGGGUUAGGGCCCUCCAAUGAAAAUGUGGAGGUGAGACCUAUUGUCCUCCCCCUGGCCCCCACCACUGAGCGGCGGGUGGGGACCCUAAAUAACAAUAGGGCUGGCCUAUUGUCGUCGUCCCCCCCCAGGUGACUAGGGGUCUGAAGCCCCUAGAGAAAUGCAGAGACAGGUAAGCACGCUGGUUGGCUUGAACUCCAACCAAUCAGAGUGCUCUGUGUCAUUUUACACAGCGUGGGAAAGUUCUUUGGAAUCUUCCCAUGCUGUGUAAUUUGACUCAUAACAACACUGUCUGGUUCCUUUAACACGGAGGAAAGGUGAGAAUUGCGAGAAAAUAGCUUUGAUCAACAGAAAUGAAGCACACUUUGUUCCUCCAGUGGUCAAGCUUAGGAAACCUCCAUAAGACAAAGUAGUCCCUACUUUGUCUUUUUGUUUUUAAAGAUAACUAGAGCAGACAGGAAGAAAUGAAGAACCGAUCCUUACAGAGGGAGAAAAGAGGAAUCGAUUAAAGAAAGGUAAGUUCGGCAUACCGCUUUAAGUUAUGUGACAUUUAUAUAUUUACCCCCCUUGACAAUAAUGUUAAAAAUGCCUUUCCCUAUUGAAUUUUAUGGGAACCAUUCCAGUAAAAUAUUAUGAUUAUUUAUAUAAAGUGAUGAAAUCCAAUUAUUGCAUUUACCCUGCCAGCAGGUCCAAUUGAUUUCUUUAGGUAAUGUCAGCAAGAAGAUAAAUGUAAUAUCAGAGAGGCAGGUGAACGAGUAAAAGUGGAAGAGGGUGAAAAAACCCUGUAAUGGAACGGCAAGCAGAACAUGAAUUGUCUAUAUUUCUGUAAUGCCUUGUUCAUCUAAAGAUAUAACCGCUCCCAACCAGAUAAACACUUGAAUGCAGUAGUCCAAAUCCAUUAAAAAAUAUUUUUUUUUAAAGCUUUAUUUAUGCUGCCUUUUUAAAACUGCAAUACCCGGCUUUGCAUCAUGUUGUGAGAGCACAUCCCUGGAUAUUAAAGUGGCACUGUCAUGCCGAACUUACCUUUCCUCAAUCUCUUCAUCUUCUCCCCCUCUCUCAGGAUCUGUUGUUCUUUUCUUCCUGUCUUCUUUAGUUUUCUUUAAAAUCAUUAGACAAAUUAGGGACUCUUUGCCUUAUGGAGGAUUCCUCCGCUUGACCAGCUCUGACCAGCGGAGGAGCAAAGUGUGCUUCAUUUCCGCUGGUCAGAGCAAUUUUCCGAUGAUCCUUACCUUCCCUCUGUGUUCCCACAAUGCUUCCUGUCACUUUACACUAAACUGCCGAAUUGCGUUCUAACUGAAUGAGAACAGUAUGUUCGUUUCUUUUAGAACGCAAUUCGGCAUUUUAUUCGGAUCGGAAUUUCAUUCUAAUGAAUGAAACUUCGACCCUAUUCAUUGCCGCGGCUGCAUCUUGCAGCCGCUUAGUAGAUAACUCCCUAAUUCCCACGGUAUCAGGGAGCUAUCUACUGAAAACAGAAAUAAUAGGUCGCGCUACAACAAAUGAAUAUAAUAUAUUAGCAUACACUAAGAAACGUAGAGAAAAAGAAUGUAUAAUUAAUAGUCCAAAUACUUGGUGUACUUUUGAUAAAUUCCAAUGGAUAGAUGAAGAUCUCAGUACUUUAUGUCCGUCUCUUACUGUAUUCGGCAAAGGGGUAAUGUAUUCAAUGAGAAACAAGAUCUUCUAAUGUGAGCGUAGUCUUGACUCGAUGGUAACCAUGAAAAAUAAACAGGGAAAAUCCAAUAGUGUAUAUUGUCUGUAGAUAAUUGAGAGUAUGAAGAAUAAUAGGGAGGUAAUACACUCACCUAUUUCUGAGCAUAAACUCGCUCUAGUAUAUUAGGCAUUCAGUGGCGUUUGUCCCCCACUGGUAGGAUAUAGGUGAAGAUGAUUCCUCCGUAUAAGAAAAGAAAUAAAAACAAUAUAGUGCUCACUGGAUAUAAAUAAAAAUAAAUAAAAUGAGAGAAUAAAAAUACUCACAUUCAGAUGAGCAGAAUAGACUGCUCAGUAUAAUCGCACGAGUGGUACAAUCCCCACCCAGGAUUCUUGGCUGUAUGUAGACUCCAAGGUAAAAAAUAACCGGGUACCAGGAAAUUAAUAAAAUGAAAUAAAAAAAGGUAUAUGGCAAAAUUAUAAUAAAAGAGCCAAUAUUCCUUUAUUAAUACAGUAUAAAAUAUAAAUAAUAGCCAAAACGCGUUUCGCCACACAGGGCUUUAUCAACUGGCAAUAGUAAAAAACUAGUGGCUGACAUAAAGUACUGAGAUCUUCAUCUAUCCAUUGGAAUUUAUCAAAAGUACACCAAGUAUUUGUACUAUUAAUUAUACAUUCUUUUUCUCUAUGUUUCUUAGUGUAUGCUAAUAUAUUAUAUUAAUUUGUUGUAGCGCGACCUAUUAUUUCUGUUUUUGCCAUUUCUCUUUUGAGGAUUUUAGAGGGAACCUCAUACCUAUAGGUUGCAGCUAUCUACUUGUUUCUAGCCCCUUACUAUAGCACACAGCGCUGAUCCAUUUUCCAUUUGUAGCUAUCUACUAAAAGGCUGAAAGACCUAAAUUGGUCUUUCAGCCAAAUCCACUAAUACUAAGUAAAGAUUACUUAGUAUUAGUAAAUUAAAUGCUAUACCGCGAGUAGGGGCAUGUGUAGUGAGCAGCUUAUAGCAUGCCCGUGGGAGCAGUGAGCAUGCCCGUGGGGGCCCUAAAUAAAGAUGGGGGGGACCUACUGUCCCCCCCCCCCGGCCCCCACCCCUGAGCGGUGGGUGGGGGCCCUAAAGAUAUGGGGGGGAACUUCUGUCCCCCCCCAGCCCCCACCCCUGAGCGGUGGGUGGGGGCCCUAAAUGAAACACCCCCCCACCCAAAAAAAACCUAUCCCCUACCUACCCCCCUCACCCUAAAAGUAGUGAGGGGGGGAAUAAAAUAACUAACCUGUAAAAAAAAUAAAUAAAUAAAUAAAUAAAAAAAAUUAAACUUACCAUUUGACGUCUUCUUUUUUCUAAAAUCUUCUUUCUUCAGCCCCCAAAAAGGCCAAAUAAAAAUCCAUUAUACCCGUCGCACUUUAAAAAAAAAAAAAACGAGCGCAAAAAAAAUUUAAUCCAAGUUCGCCCUUCGAGGGCACGCCGCAGACUGAGCUCCGCAGGGCGGGUCAAGGCUUAUAAAGCCUUGCCCCGCCCUGCAAUUAGGCUUAGAACACUCUGGUGGGUUUAAGCCAAUCAGAGUGCUCUGAGUCAUUUUACACAGCGUGGGAAAAUUCAAAAGAACUUUCCCACGCUGUGUAAAAUGACACAGAGCACUCUGGGUGGCUUUCAAGCUUUUUGUUUUAUUAGGGCCCCCACCCACCCACCGCGCAGGGGUGGGGGCCAGGGGGGGGGAGGACAGUAGGUCCCCCCCCUUAUUGUUUUAUUAGGGGCCCCACCCACCGCUCAGGGGUGGGGGCCGGGGGGGAGGACAGUAGGUCCCCCCCCUUAUUGUUUUAUUAGGGCCCCCACCCACCGCGCGGGGGGGGAGGGGGGAGGACAGAAGUCCCCUCCCCCCCCCCAUAUCUUUAUUUAGGGCCCCCACCCACCGCUCAGGGUUGGGGGCUGGGGGGGGGAGGACAGUAGGUCCCCCCCUUUAUUGUUUUAUUAGGGCCCCCACCCACCCGCCCCCAUAUCUUAUUUAGGGCCCCACCCACGCUCAGGGUUGGGGGCCAGUAGGUCCCAUUGGGGCCCCCACCCACCGCGCAGGGGUGGGGGCCAGGGGUAGGCCCCCUUGGUUUAUAAGGGCCCCCACAGGGGGGGAGGACAGUAGGUCCCCCCCUCAUUAUCUUCAUGGCCCCCACCCGCCACUCAGGGUGGGGGAGGGGGGGAGGACAAUAGGUCCGUGUAAUUUGUCAUUUUUUUUUUUUCAACAGUGAGCAGCCACAGGCUGCUCACUGUUUGUAGAAUGCCCCUACUGCGGUAUAGCAGUAGGGGCAUUUGGGAGAUUUUAAUCUCCCUUGUGCUAUUAUGGGGGUCAUAUUGACCCCCAUAGAGUGAGAGGGACCUGGGGGCUUAUGAAGUGGUGGGGAGCACUGCUCCCUGCCGCUUCUAUCUUUACAUAUUACAAGGAGGGAGCUGCGUGCCGUAGCUCCCUCCUUGUAACAAACUAACACUGAUACACAGAUACACUGAUACAUAGUGUUUGUUUGUUCGGCUGAUAUUUCUAUUCAUCAUUCGUCUGUCUGAUGAAUGAAUGAAUAGAUGAAAUUCCCGUUCGCAUGUCCAGGUGUUUCACUGGGCAUGUGCGGGAAUCUCACAGUCUGUCUAGUGUGGGCUGAUGACGUGUCCCACAGGGACUUCAUCUACCCACACAAAGAUGGCGGCGCCCUGAAUCAAGAUCGGGGCAGAAAAUCAGGAUUAAAAAAUAGGUAAUGUGGGGGGCUUAGGGGCAUUUGGGGGUGACUAGUGGGUCAAUUGGAUGUAGUGGAGGGGGGGGGGGUUAAAAAAAAAAAAAAACGGGAUUCGGCAUGACAGUGCCGCUUUAACACUCUGAUUUUGCAGCCCAAGUGGGGCCCCACUAUUUUAAGAAUGGUCUUAUUGUGUUUUGCAUAUUUUGCCGUUAAUGAUUUUGCCUUUCCUGUGGUAUUUAUUUUAUUUAUUUUUCUGUCAGUAAAGAAUAUGGUGUCUGUUGGAAAGAGUGUCCUGCAGAAAAACAAUGUAUCUGAUUUGGAAGAUAUUCGGUAAUGGCUUAAAAUAAGCUCAUUUUCUUUGUAAUUUUUUUAAAAUGUAUAAUGUAGUGUUGCAUAGAAUUUUCACAGUUGAUGUUCCUGUAGCUUGAAGGGACACUCUAUGAAUGAUGUAUUUAUUUUUUUUUACACAGUAUCACACUUAGUUAACCUCCACCACUGUCUGUGGUCCAACCUCUUAUGUCACUAAAGCAGGAAUUCCCUCUUGCACAAUAUUGACAACAGUUCCACUUGAUUUGGGAUGGUAUUUAUUGGCGGAGAGCAUCAGCUGAUUCUUUCAGCCAAUAAGUCCUGUCCAAAUAGGGGCAAAAUUGAUCUAAUACGGAUGGGAUCUUACACAUUUAGCAGUAUCUGAAGAGGGGGCCAGACUGUAGGCUUCCCUGGUUUCUGCUAGAAAUCAAACCAUUCAAAACUAUAUGGACACUUGAUGUGUGCACAGCAUUCCGGUUUUUCUAAAUUAUUUGGGUUUAAGUAUUUUAGUAGUACAUUUUUUUUGAUUCGAUAUUACAGGUCAUUUUGAAAAAUUUCCGAUUGAUACAAAAAUUACCAGAGAGAAUAAAAUGCCUGUAGUGCCCCUUUUAACAAAAAAAAAAAACUAUUCUCAAACUUUAAAUUUGUGAUGCAAAGUUGGUGCCAAGUGGCUACUAGAAUUGUGCACUACAAAAUUAUUAGAGAUUUUUUUUUUUUAAUUCAUACAGAUUUUUAAAAUUUGCAAUACCUCGAUUUGAUAUUCAAAAAGACACUAAUUUGGUCGAAAUUCUGCAGAAUUUCAGUUCAGGCAGAACUGAAUCUCCAAAUGUAAUGACUAUGUACCAUCUCCUGACACAGUAGCCACUAUUUAUUCAAACUUGUGGUUUUUUUUUGUUUGUUUUUUUAUUAAAGAAUAAAAGUGUUGGUUACAAGAAAUUGUAAAUGAACAGUAAUUUUUGCUAGAUGGUACAUUUUAAAAUGUUAGUGGGCUUUACAUUAUUAAGUGGCAAGUGUUCAUUGCAGACAAGAUGGAACCUUCUCUGUAAAUUGAAGUUUAAGAGUUUUACACAUUAUGUCCUUUGGGUACCAGGGAGGUAGAUUCAAAUAGUAGUAGCUGUAAACAUAUAUUUAGCGGCUUAAUACUUGCAGUUAUAAACCUAAUCACAAAUGUUAAUUUACCAUUUCAACAUAGGUUGGGAUUCCACUGGCCUCCUUUCUGCUCAAUAGCCCACUUGCAUCUUCAUGUACUGGCACCAGCCAGCCAACUAGGAUUUCUCUCUCGUAUGAUAUAUAGAAUCAAUUCCUACUGGUUUAUUACAGUAAGUACCAAUGUAUAAAUUGCCUUCAAUUGUGAUCAUUUCUUCCAUGUAGGCAACAUUCUAAUUUCUGUGAAAUACUGUAUUUUUUAACUAUUGUGUACUUGCCUUUUCUGUGUGGCAGAAUUAUUGCAUUGUUGUAAGUAAUCAGAAAAAAAGACUGCAGUUUAAAAAGUACGAUUAUUCAAUUAAAGGGACACUAUAGUCACCAGAACAAUAACCGCUUAUUGUAUUUGUUUGUUUUAGUGAGUGUAAUCAGUCCCUUCAGGAUAUUUGCAGUUUACACUUUUUUAUUAUUUAUUUAUUUUCUGAGAAAAGGCAGUAUUUACAUUACAGUCUAGGGAUACCUCCACUGGCCACUCCUCAGAAGGCCACUAGAGGUGCUUCCAGUGGCAGUGCUACACCCUCUGCAUGGAGACACUGAACCUUUCUUAUAGAGAUGCAUUGAUUCAAUGCAUCACUCUAAGGAGAAGCUGAUUGGCCAGGGCUGUGUUUGGUUUGCGCUGGCUCUGCCCCUGAUCUGCCUCCUUGACAAGCUCAGCCAAUCCAAUGCUUUCCUAUGGGAAAGUAUUGUGAUUGGCUCAGAUCACCACUUCUGAUGAUGUCAACCAAGCAGGCUGAUCCAGCAGCAGCAGACUACUUGAAUAAAGGUAAAAUGUAUCUAUAUUUAGGAUCGCCAGGGAGGUUAAAUUGUGUUGUUGUUGGUUUUUUUGUUUUUUAGCACUAUAGGGUCUGGAAUACAUGUUUGUGUUCCUGACCCUAUAGUGUUCCUUUAAACUGAGAAAAAUUAAUUACAGAGUUUAUCCAGCCAGGAAUCUGCUGUUUGAAAAGAUGGCAACUGAAGCCUGACCACUAAUAAUAGCAACGGCUUAACUGGCUUCAGGAGAGAUUUGAUUUAAAUUCAGUCAAUUUAAAUCACUAGCCAAUAAGAUUAAAUCAAGACUUUUAAACAUUUAGACUCAUUCUUGCUGUUUUGCAACCAGAUGAAGAUUUCAUUUUAAGACUAAUAACUUUUCAUAUACAUUUUAAUGGUUAAUUUUGUUAUGUACCAUUAGAACUACAUAGAUGAUGACAUUGCAAGCUGAACUAUUUUCUGUUUAAUAGGGACUCCUAUUUGGAGAAAAACUUAAAUUAAAUGUGUUUAUUGUGUGUACACUGAUUUACAGAAUAAAAAUUGGAUUAGAGACCCAUUUCUAAUGUCUCCUUGCAAAAUUGGGUCACAAUGAGGAUCCAGGUGUUGGAAGGUAUCAAUAGGGCUGCAUUGUUGCUACCCUUUCUAGACCAAUGUCUGCAAUACCAAUUGCCUCGGACAAAUUGUUUUCAAAUUAAUUUCUUGCAAACGCAUUCUGACUCUCUGAGUUGGACUCAAAUUCCGAACAUACUACUCUUAACAGUUAGGCACAUUAAUGCUAAGCAAUGUAUUGUGGAAUGGUAUUCCAUUCUAGGAGAAUUCCCCACCCUCUCAAAAAAAAUUAUAAUUUCCAUAUCAGAAAAUAUGUCAAACCUAUUUCUGAAGAAGAGUGGACCUGUUUGCAUGAGAACUCCGCACUCAUAAUGUUUCCCACCUAGAGAUGUUGUACAAGUUAUUCUGCAAUAGCACCUAGUGCCAGCUCAAUAAGCACAGAUUCAGCAAUUCCAAUUAGCUCUAAGCUUGUGUCUGAUGAGCAAAUUACAUAGGUUUUCUUUGUAAUGGCAAAAACAUUUUUGAGACCUGAGUGUGGUCUCAAAUCAGAUCAAAUGGAUGUUAAGACUGAAAAAUGUCAGUAGCAGCUAGUGCGGCCAGUAGACCUUCAAUGGCCUUAACCUCUCUGGCUAAGGCCUUUAUGAAGUGGCUGGACCUUCUUGAAGAAGAUAUUGAGAAAUUACUUCACAGAUCUUUUUUGAUGGCAUCACUUUCUGAGCGUACGCUGGAGCCAUUUCCCAGUAAUGGGGCAAACUCAAGACUUGGGUCUCGGGCAGGCGCUGAGGUUUCUCUGUUGCCGGUGACAUGUAUCUGGUGUCUGCAGGGUUGCAGAAGCUUAAUGUUGAUUCUGCCAGACAUCAUUGCCUGAGUGCAUCAGAUUACUGCUCUCAGUCGGUGAAUGCAACUCUGUAAAUAGAAAUAUGCACAUAAGUUUCAUGCUGGCUAAUAAGAUCCCAAUGAUGCAGAGCAAAUACAGAUUACAGGCACCAUGACCACUUCAAAUCAGUGAUGUAACCGUAGUGCUUUGAGUAAUCCUUUAAGGUCUAUUUCUGAACUGUAUAUGUUAGUUAUAACUGUUUUGCUGUGAAAGUGUAUGUUCAAUUAAAAUUGAGUUUACAUGUUAAUGUAACUAUUGCAUGAAUAUACAGCAGCAUGCUACAUAACUAACCCCCUUUAUUUAUUUAUUUAUUUUUAUAUCCAUCCUGAUUGUGAUCCACCACUAAAGGUGUGGAUUUGACCAAAUGUAAACAUUGUAAUUUCUCAUUCUGAUAAAGUGAUUUUGGGGCUUAGUGUCCUUUUUUUGUUAAAUAUUUCCUUCCUCUUCUAAAAUGUUCUGUAAUAUUAAUCCCCUAUUACCGCCCAUAUACUUGCACAGUUACUAGAGAAAUAACUGCAGCUAUGAUACAUGCUGUUGACUGACAGGUGAGGGGGCUGACCAUAUAUCUUUACACGGAUUUAUUGUAAAAUCUAUGCAUUUUAUAACACAAUAUACAGCGAAUAUUUAACACUCAAAUUUAAAGGGCCACUACAGUCAAUGGUAAAUGAAUGAGGAGCAUAAAUAAAUAAACCACCUUUAUUCAGUAAUGUAAAGCUGUACAAACACAUGCAUAGAUUAAAAAUAAAUCCAAACUCUGUCAGACUACAUAUCUAACCUAAUACUUAGGUCUGUACACACAAAUAAAAAUUUUUUUUAAAAAUCCCACUACAAUGAUACUUGUAGUAAUUACCAACACACAAUGGAAAAAUAACUAAACAGACAGAAAACCAAGACCAAAACUGAUGAGCAGAAAUCACCAAUAAUAGGUUAUAUGAAACGCACAAGGUCAAAAAAUACAUACCAGGAAAUAAAUGGGGAAAAAGUGUUUCAAUGUGAGAGAAGGGGAAUAUCAAAACUCAGUCCCAAUGAUUCGGCUGAAGCCCUUUAUCAAGGGAGCGCUUAAAUCACCCAUAUUACUUAAUCUCAUUAAACUAGUCCUGUCAUUUGUAACCCUAGUGCGACACUUACAUUGCAGAGUUAAUAAAUAUAUAUAUAUAUAUAUAUCUCUAUCUCAAUAUACAUAAUGCAGUAUUACAUUUGAAUAACAUUUUAAAAAAUAGAACUUUUUUUUUUUUUCAUUUCUAUACAUCAAAUGCAAGUAAAGAAAACAAACUCAAAAUAGAUUCACUAAUUAGUCCUGAUUGUUAAAAUGCACAAUAUGUCUAGGUUUUCAAUACAUUUUUAAUAAGUCAUAAAACAAAUACUGCAAGGAGUGAAUUAUGGUUUUAAAACUGAAACUUUGACAUUUGGCAUAUGAGAUUGCAACUUUCAUACAAAAUCCAAAACUGCUACACAAAAGUACAUCCCCCAGGCUAUGUAAUGAAGAGCACUUUGAGUUUGUGAUAAAAUGGUUAAAUUAAAAGUGUAAAAUUUAGGGGGGUGGGUGUGUGUACUUUUCCCUGUCACAUGUCUUUAUUUUGGGGACAAUGCAUGUCGCACUACUGCAAAAACACCAUAUUUGUAUUCUGCUACUUGGGUACAAUGAUAACCUUUAUCCCUAAUCCUACCUAUAAUCAGAGAAAAGACUGUUUGUUUAUAUUGCUGCCUAGUAACUCUAGUAGCAGUCAUUUAGAUGCCACUAGAGGUGCUUCCGCUCUGCAUAGAGACACUGGCCAUUCCCUGUAGCGAUGCAUUGAUUCAAUGCAUGUCUGAGGAGAUUCAUACUGACACAGCGCUGUGUUUUGCUGUCCAUGUGUAAUAGCCUCGCAAUGCUUUUCUGUGGGAAAGUAUUGGAUAGAUCUCUACCAUGGAGGCAGAACCAGCCGUGUCGAGACCGGCGCGUGGUGGGAGAAACGGUGAGAUAUCUCCUCAUUACUGCACAGAGAGGGGGCUGGUUACCUAAACAGUCACUUCUGCACUAUAAUGCCAAUAAUAAGUUUGCAUUCCUGGCACUAUAGUGUUCCUUUUAAGUGAUUAAUCAUUAAACUUUUGUUUUCAAAAAAGUUACAAAAGUUCAUAAAUGAUUUUAACAAGUUACCCAUUUCAACAUUAAUAUGGCUUUGCAACUGAAAGUCUAAUUGUGUUUCUAUUUGUUUCUGCAGGCAGAUCAGCUCAUUGAACGUCUUCAAGCAAACACAUCUACAAGCUGAAAUGUGUCAUGUUAGCUGUUAUGAUCAAGUCUCUAUCCUGUGGGGGGAAAAAACAGAUCAUGUUCGUUUUUAACAGAGCAAGCUCCUGAUAUGUUAUGAAUGCAUUGUAUUUAUUGUUUGAUUGAAACCCAGGUUUUAGGCUGUAACCAGGAACUGCAUUUUAUGAUGCUGCUUUUCAGAACAAAUGCAGUGUACAGUGGCCAUGAGGGUGCACUAAAUACACAGAUUAGCUCUAAACCUAUAAUAAAUGGCCAAACACAAUUCUACUGGAAAUUCCACACAUGACAAGAUAUAUAACUACUUCUCUUGCAUGUUUUUUCUCCAUCCUGUCCUUUUAUCCAUAGAUGCUAACGAUAGAGCUUUCUUGGAAGUUUCAGAAGACACAUACUUUAGCCAAAUGUUAAUGCUAAAGAAAUGUUGUGGGUCUUUGUUUUAACUGUGAAUUCAACACUAAUUUUAUGAAAUAACUUCCAUGAUGUAUUAAUGAUAACUAUGUCUGUUUUUCUUUUUGAAGAUUAUAUAAUUUAUUUUAGAAAACAAAUUUAGCACCAACUAGAUAUGUGGUUAUUCAUUAAAAUGUGACCUUUGGGGAAUUGACAUUUUUAGUACGGAUUAUCCAAAAUAAAAAAAGUUGGACAGUCUUUUAAGUUGAGCUCUUUUAGAAUUAUGGUUGAAAUUCACUUUACUAUUGUCACUUAGCAG